UUCAUUCAUUUCCUCUUUCUAAUCUUUCCCUACAAUAUUCGCAAAAGAAUUUUCACGUAAUUCACUUUCAAAUUCGCCCCAUCGAUCCAUGUCGAACGAAAAAGAGAGAGAAAAUCAUGUUUAUUCGGCUAAACUCGCCGAACAAGCCGAGCGUUACGAUGAAAUGGUUGAGAGUAUGAAGAAUGUUGCGAAACUUAAUGUUGAACUUACUGUUGAAGAGCGCAACCUGCUAUCAGUCGGGUACAAAAAUGUCAUUGGUGCAAGAAGGGCCUCUUGGCGAAUUAUGUCAUCGAUUGAACAGAAAGAGGAAUCAAAGGGAAAUGAGAAUUAUGUCAGUCUGAUUAAGGGAUACCGCAAGAAGGUUGAAGACGAACUUUCCAAGAUUUGCAGUGACAUUCUUGAUAUCAUAGAUAAGCAUCUGGUACCAUCUUCUGGAUCAGGAGAAGCUACUGUUUUCUACUACAAAAUGAAAGGUGACUACUUCCGCUAUCUUGCUGAGUUCAAGACAGACCAAGAACGAAAGGAAGCUGCCGAUCAAUCACUGAAAGGCUACGAGGCUGCUUCUGCGUCUGCGAGUACAGAUCUCCCAUCGACUCACCCAAUCCGUCUUGGGCUGGCUCUAAACUUCUCGGUGUUUUACUAUGAAAUUAUGAAUUCUCCUGAGAAGGCCUGCCACUUGGCUAAACAAGCUUUUGAUGAGGCGAUUGCGGAGUUGGAUACGUUAAGUGAGGAAUCAUACAAAGAUAGCACCUUGAUCAUGCAACUGCUGAGAGAUAAUCUCACUCUCUGGACUUCUGAUUUGCCGGAGGAUGGUGGAGAUGAAAACCCCAAAGGCGAAGAGCCAAAAUCAGCUGAACCAGAGAAGAAGCAGUGACGAAGAAAACAAGAGCCCUUAAUUAAACAGGCAGUAUUUUGAACUUGCAAAGUUUGUUGCAGGAGAGUUUGUUAUUAUUAUUUUUGAAAAAUGGGAUUCAGUUUGUCUGUUUUAGGUUAACAAGUUGAUCUGCAUGAUAUUUGGUUUCUCCUUGUUAAGUUCAGUUUUAUGGCACACUUCUCCUUAAUGUUGU